AUCUUAUGUUUUGUUUGUUUGUGUCCAGAAAAUACAGACGCAGCAUACUUUCCAAAUUUUGGUUAUGUGGGUUGCUAUAACUAUACCAAUCAUAUGGAUAAAUUCAAACUAUUCAAUGCUACUCCAUAUGCCAAUGAAUCUGUGCACAGCUGCAUUCAAACUUGUCUAAAGGAAAGUAACAAAAAGUAUGCGGGGAUAAUGGCAGAUAAGCAGUGUUAUUGUGGUGACAAAUAUAAUCAAACAUUUGCCACAGCCGAAGAGGACUGCAAUUUUUCAUGUUCAGACAUUGACAAAUGUGAAGGAAACGGAAAAAUAUCAAUAUACAAUACAGACUAUGACGUUAAACCACUAUUCUCUAUUCCUGGAAAUAAUACGAAGUUUUUGGAAGUUUGGAACAGAAAAGUCACCAGGAAAUUUGGUAAUAUGUUUACUGGGUUCGUCAUGAGGAGUCCGGCAAUUGAUUGGUGGAAUCAAAACAAGACGUACCACAAACCAGAAUACGUUUCCCUGAUGGCAUUAAAUCUGCAAGGACAGCUUCUUUGGGCAAUAGAUUUCUUUACCAAUGAUACAAACGCAAAUAUUGAAAACUGGAUGACUAAGGAUCGUGUUCUGCCGAACGAGUUUAUCAAUUCAUCAUCAAAAGAGACGUUGGAUAUUACUAUCGACACAAGGAACAAUGAAAUUCGAAUAACUGAAUCCGAAAACGACUAUGUGUGGUUUCAUCGUGGAAAUGUAAACAACGACAGAGCGAUAGUAACUGUUGUUUCUCAAAAAAUGAAACCCCUACCGGACAAAAAAUAUCCAUCAAAAUUAAUUGAGGCUGCUAUACAAAAGGCAAAGGAAAUACCCAUAAACGAAUUACGAAUUAUUACACAUCACGAAGAGGAAAGCAACGAAAAGAUCCCUUUUGUUCUUACCCACAACCCAAGAAAUUACAACAUCUUUAAAACUGCCAAACAAUUUUCCCUAUUAUUCAACAAUCAGAAACAUUAA